AUGACGUGGCUUUAACCCGAAAGCGGAAGACGAUUGGGAAGCGUCAACAGCCUUCAUUCUACCGGCCUCCCAAAUCACAGAUCUACGUUAACGUAUGUAUCUACAAAAUCAUGGUUACUGACGUUCAACUGGCAAUAUUUGCCAACAUGCUCGGCGUGUCGCUGUUCCUGCUUGUGGUGCUGUACCAUUAUGUGGCUGUCAACAAUCCCAAGAAAUUAGAAUAACCCCCUCCGCGUCUAAGUGUUAAGAUUGAUUAUGGGACCACCACAGGAGUAACAUCACUACACAUGACAGCGAGACGAAAUCACCAUGUUUAAAUGUUUUCUACGAAAAUGUUGUGAAUAAACCUUUUUCAUGAUA